AUGAGCUCGGCUAUCUACGACCAGGUGGAAAUCGAAGACUUCACUUUCGACCCGGAUACCCAACUCUUCCUGUACCCCUGUCCUUGUGGCGACAAAUUCCAAAUCCUCUUGGACGAUCUCCAGGAUGGCGAAGAUAUUGCGGUAUGUCCUACUUGUUCGCUCAUGGUCCAAGUGAUCUUUGACCAGGACGAUUUGGAAGAAUACUCUCAGAAUAUCGACCAGUCUGCCAAUGAAGCGGCAAUUGUUGUCUAG